GACGCUCUGCCCGCCUGUACCUUUAACGCAGGGCGCACUCGGUAGUGACGUAACCAUGUGCGAAAGUGACACUUGGCUAUUCUCAACCCUCGCCACCUCCUUGGACAUGAUCGAAACUGUCGAAACCCACACCGUGCAGAUGAUGUCCGCUGUCAGCGGGGAGCCCAUGCUGCGCCGAGUGAAGCAAGAAGCGGAGCCGCCACCACAGUACUCGUCGCCGGAGCCGCAGCCGCCGCAGCCGCUGCACCAGCGGCCGAUACCGAUGAUGCAGCCGUCAGAGCUGGAACUCGAACCCAAAGAAGAAGUGAAGUUCAGCGUGUCCCCCGGCGAGCCAACGGUCGUCGGUAACACAAGCCCAGAACAGCAGCACUGUUCGUCGACCACAGUGGCAGCGGCCAGCGGCGCGCGCGAUGACGAUGCGCCGAGACGGCUGUGCCUCGUGUGCGGAGAUGUGGCUUCGGGGUUCCACUAUGGCGUGGCCAGCUGCGAGGCGUGUAAGGCGUUCUUCAAGAGAACUAUUCAGGGCAACAUCGAGUACACGUGCCCGGCGGCCAACGAGUGCGAGAUCAACAAGCGGCGGCGGAAGGCCUGCCAGGCCUGCCGCUUCCGCAAGUGUCUGCGAACGGGAAUGCUGCGUGAAGGAGUGCGUUUAGACCGCGUGCGAGGAGGCCGACAGAAGUAUAGGCGAGCGCCCGAUGCGCCCGCGCCGCCGCGACCACACCUCGACGACAUCAAGGUGCUAGAAGCCCUCACAUCAUACGAGCCGGAGUUAUUAACCUGCGCGGCGCCGCCGGCCGGCGUCAGCGACCCUACGGCGCGCACCCUGGCUUUAUUGGCUGACUUAUACGACCGCGAGCUGGUCGGCGUCAUCGGAUGGGCCAAGCAGAUACCCGGGUUCACUGACCUGCAGCUCAAUGAUCAGAUGCGGCUACUUCAAAGCACGUGGGCAGAGAUGUUAAGCCUGAUGCUAGCAUACCGCUCCAUGGCGGGCUCGGGCGCGCUGCGCCUGCGCUACGCCACCGACCUGGCUCUCGACGAGAAGCGCGCCACAGAACUUGGAGCGCACGAUAUUUACACACAGGUGGCAGGCGUAGCCAAGCGUCUCGAGAGCGCCGCAGCCAUGCGUGAAGAGUGCUACCUGCUCAAAGCUCUGGUGCUGGCCAACUCGGAGGCGCGCAUCGACGAGCACGCGGCGCUGCGCCGCUUCCGCGACUCCAUCCUGGCCGCGCUCAACGACGCCGUCGCCGUGCUCAGGCCGUACAACGCAAACGCAGCGCUGCAGCAGUUGCUCCUAGUGCUGCCAGCGCUGCGGCACGCCGACGUGGCCGUGCGGCGCUUCUGGGCCGGCCUGCACCGCGAGCGCCGCGUGCCCAUGAACAAACUCUUCGUCGAGAUGCUCGAGGCCUGUCUGCGGUAG